AUGUUUCAAAAUUUAAAAAGAAAGUUUGACGAGAAAUUUAAAAUUCCAAAAUUACCAAAAGGUUCUAUUGGAUUUGAUGAUAACGAAUCGUCCGGAUACAAGUUUGAAUAUAAUAAUGGUGAAGUAUCUAUCGUUGAUAUGAGCUCAAGAGAACAUGCUGCUACUGCCUCACUAUUGCAGAGAUACUUUAAUCUUCCUAAUGGAAAUAAUGUCUGGAACCCAGCAAUAGACGUUUGUGGAGAUGCAUUCCAUUUUUCACCAGCUGGAAAUGGGGUUAAAAUAGCAGCAGACGUAGCGGUGUACCCGGCUAAGUCGUAUGUUCCAGACCCACCCAUUCCUGGUCUUGGACCACCCCCAUGCGAUAUACGUGGGCAUUCUCACGCUAGAAUAAUUUGUGAGGUUGCAGUUGGCCAAAAUGUUGCUUAUUGGAAGAAUAAAUGUGCACUCUGGAUGACUCAACCAUAUGUUAGGUGUGUUUUAGGUAUAAAGCUAUAUGAAUUACGUACAACACGAGAUCCACUAGGAAGAUUUAAUCGAAGAAUGAAGGCUAAGUUGUGGAGACAGGGGAUGGCACCUCAGAAAUGGGAAUUUGGGACUGUACAAAAAUGUAGCAAUAUUCCUACCGGGUGUGUUGCUUUAGGCAAUCCUGUAUAUCAAGUCACUAUUCCAAUCAGCGACUUGUUUUAUGAUCCACAAAUACCAGGAGUAUAUACUCCACUGGUUACAUUUCCUCAUCCCGCAUUUAUGUAUGGUAAUUUUACCAUCGAUCUUUACAAUAUCCAGCAAAAAGUUUUAGAGAAUCAGUAA